UCCAGUCUGUCCUUCCCCCUCCAUGCGGCGGGAGCGGUCGGCGUGGGGCCCGUGCCGCGGCCGCGCCGAGCCCCGCCGUCCCUCGCUUUUCCGCCGCCAGAUUCCGCAAGGAGCCACGGGCGGCGUCUGCAGCGACAACAGCGGGAACUUCAUGUUGGUGUUGUUUAUGCCAGAACAUAAUAAGCAAGGCAGAUUAGCUCCAGCCCUGUGUAAGCUUUGUGUAACUAGCAAACACAAUGCAAUUGAGUAUGAAAUCCAAGUGACUUUGGAAAUGAAAGAAGAGUUCUGAGCUCUCUGACUUGAAGCUGAACGUGAUGACGGCCUGGUCUAUGGUAGGGAAACUGAAAAUGGAGAAGAGGCACUCCAGAGAAGACAGAAACAUGGAACAAGAUGCUGGGGAAUGCAGUGCUGAAUCUGAGGAAUGGACGAGCUCAGAAAGUGAACCUGAGCAACCGUACUUCCGAAGCAGCUGUAGCAAUAUUCCAUGGAAAGAGAAGGAAGUUUCCACUAAACCACAUCGGCCACUCUGUCGCUCCCCAUGUUUGGAUCGCCCAAGUUUUUCACAGAGCAGUAUCACACAAGACUUGAAACUAGAGGAAUGCAAAACAAAUUUGGACAAGGAAUACCAAGCUAAAAUGGAUUUUGCUUUAAAGCUUGGGUAUGCAGGUGAUCAGAUCCAGGCUGUACUGAAUAAACUGGGAGCAGAUGCGCUCAUCAAUGAUGUUCUGGCAGAACUUGUGAGACUUGGUAACAAAAGUGAAUCAGAAGGACAGAACAGUGCCAGCAGUACCACUAGUACUCUGGUGCCAAGAGGUCCUUGCCCAAAGGAAAUAGCAAGCCCUGAAUUGUCACUUGAAGAUGAAGUUGUGGAUAACAGUGAUAACUUGAGGCCAAUUGUCAUUGAUGGAAGCAAUGUGGCUAUGAGCCAUGGAAAUAAAGAAGGAUUUUCCUGUCGGGGAAUUCAACUAGCUGUUGACUGGUUUCUGGAAAAAGGACAUAAGGAUAUCACUGUGUUUGUACCUGCAUGGAGAAAAGAACAGUCUAGACCAGAUGCACCAAUUACAGAUCAAGAAAUCUUACGGAAAUUGGAGAAAGAAAAAAUUCUUGUUUUCACCCCAUCUCGAAGAGUUCAGGGAAGGAGAGUAGUUUGCUAUGAUGAUCGAUUCAUAGUAAAGCUUGCUUUUGACUCAGAUGGCAUAAUUGUAUCAAAUGACAACUAUCGAGAUCUUCAAAACGAAAAACCAGAAUGGAAGAAGUUCAUAGAGGAGCGGCUGCUAAUGUAUUCUUUUGUGAAUGACAAAUUUAUGCCUCCUGAUGAUCCUCUAGGACGCCAUGGUCCAAGCCUUGAAAAUUUCUUAAGGAAAAGGCCAGUUAUUCCUGAACAUAAAAAACAACCGUGUCCUUAUGGUAAAAAGUGCACCUAUGGGCACAAAUGUAAAUAUUACCACCCAGAACGGGCAAACCAGCCUCAAAGGUCAGUAGCGGAUGAGCUUCGAAUAAGUGCCAAAUUAUCUGCUGUGAAAACAAUGAGUGAGGGAGCCUUGGCCAAAUGUGGCACAGGGCCCUCCAGCUCCAAAGGCGAGAUCAGUUCUGAAGUGAAACGAAUUGCCCCAAAGCGUCAGUCAGAUCCAAGCAUUAGAUCAGUAGCUGUGGAGCCUGAGGAAAAGUUAACAGUAGCCCGGAAGUCUGAGGCCAACUCUGUCCCAUCUCUGGUUUCUGCAUUAAGUGUACCAACGCUCCCUCCACCAAAAAGCCAUGCAGCUGGUGCAUUAAAUACUCGUUCUGCAAGCAGUCCAGUGCCAGGUUCCUCACAGUUCACGCAUCAGAAAUCCUCACUGGAACACAUGUCCAGUGUGCAAUAUCCUCCAAUACUAGUCACCAAUAGCCACGGCACCUCAGUUAGUUACACUGACCAGUAUCCCAAAUAUGAAUCAUUAGGGGACCAUGGCUAUUAUUCCUUACUCAGUGAUUUCUCCAACUUGAGCAUAAGUAGUAUGCAUAACACAGAUUAUUACGGGGCUGAUGUGGACCAGGGGAUGUAUUCUAGAAACUCAAGCCCCUGUCCUGACAAUUGCUUAAGCCAUACAAGUAAUGAUUCUUAUUCCUCUUACAAUGACUUGUAUCUGGGUGUAGCAGAUGCCAGUCCAGAAGAUAAUAUGAAGAUCCACAGACUGACAUCGCAAAAUCGUCUUCAGCCUUUUUCCCAUGGUUACCAUGAAGCCUUAAAUAGAGUUCAGAGUUACGGAACUGAAGAGCCUAAACAAUCCCUUCGCAAACAGUCUGUUUCCCACUUAGGCCUGCAUGCCCAGCAUCCAGUUGUUGGAGCACGGUCCAGUUGUCCAGGAGAAUACCCUGUGCCUCAAAAUAUUCAUCCAUCAACUGCACAACCAAGCCGUGCCUUGGUCAUGACAAGAAUGGACAGUAUUUCUGACUCACGGCUUUAUGAAAGUAAUCCUACAAGGCAGAGAAGACCACCUCUCUGUCGAGAACAGCAUGCUAGUUGGGAUCCUUUACCAUGUGCAUCAGAUUCUUAUACUUAUCAUUCAUAUCCAUUGAGUAACAACCUUAUGCAGCCAUGUUAUGAACCUGUAAUGGUAAGAAGCAUGCCUGAGAAGAUGGAGCAACUGUGGAGGAAUCCAUGGAUUGGGAUAUGUGGUGAGCCACGGGAACCACAUAUAAUCCCAGAGCAUCAGUAUCAAACAUACAAGAACCUCUGCAAUAUCUUCCCACCAAGCAUUGUCCUUUCUGUGAUGGAAAAGAAUCCCCACAUGACAGAUGCACAACAGCUGGCAGCUAUGAUUGUUGCCAAACUAAGAACAGGGCGCUGAAAUAUUAUAACCUCUUUUGUAUAAAUGAAACUAUACAGCACAUAGGAACUGGUAGAAAAAUUAAAUAAAGAAGGAAGUGGGCAAAUCUAUUGUAUACAUUUUCUAAUAAGGUAGGAUAAACUUCUGUACACAGUAGUUGUUGUAUAUGUAUUGAGGCACUAUUUAAGAGUUGAUUGUAUUGUAAAUUUUAAGAUUUUAAAAAUAAGGAUUUUUAAUAGUAUUUUACAGGAAAUGCAUACCUUGCUGCAUGGAUAGUUCAUUAAGAACUACAAUGUCACAUUCUGUGUCUCAAAGCUUUUAAUACAAAAUUAUUAUUAGCAGUUAUAUUGCAUGUAUUAAUGUACACUUUCAAUUUGAUUAUAAAUACCCAAUUGGCCUUUCAAAGCAUGCUCUUUACAAUCCCAGAUGACUUCCAGGGUUUCAGCUUUGCCAUUUGACACUGCCUAUUGGUACAUCAAAUAGUGAAGAAAAAAGAAACUUGACAAAGAAUUUUCAAUUUGUAAAACGUUGAAUCUCUUUCAGCUUUUGGAUGUCAAUAUUGUUGGCAUUUCUUAAAUUUCAAAACUGUUCCCCGAGAGUUUAUCUAUUACUGUUGCAUCAGUCCAACAGAAACCAAAUCAUUCAUUAAAUUAGGACAAAAACAUUAAGGAAUAUGAAGGCGUGCUAGAACUAAAAGAUGUUUUAACUGUAGCUUCCCUCUUCAGAACUGUCAGCCGUGCAGUAAGCAGUAACUACAGCCCUUCUGUGGGCAAGGAUGGCAUUUAACAUGCAAGAUAGCAUUACAAGAUCAACGUAAGAAAGAAGCGGGAGUGGGAGAAGCUGUUUCUUGAGAAGAGAUGCUACAGUUCUGCUUUGUGGCAAAGCUUGCCUGGUUUUGCUCUUCAGAUCCAUGCAAAGGUGUGCAUUUGCCUUGUGAACAUUUCUAAAGCUCCUGCUUCAACAAGUGAGAUAAUUUCGUGUGGCAUUGUUUGCUCAACUGGUAUUUUGCUCAGGGUGGGAACCUUUGUAGCUAAAUGUCUCCAAAAGAGGCGUUUCUUGUUUUUUAAGCUGCACUGACUGAACGCCCUUUUUUGACUCCACUGUAUAUUUCAACAUUUUGAACCAUUACUAACUCGAUAUGUCUCGAGCUAGGACUUAAUGACUUCUACUGUAGUUUUUUUCAUGAAAGUUGAGAAGGCCUGGUUUACGUAUGGCCUUUUGUUUCUUCAUGAGAAGGUGUGACACUGCCUAAAUGUUUCUUACUGUGAAACACAUGGAACGUGAGGCUGCAGUCAGGGUUGUUUCUGGUGUUUUGAUAACGGCUUGCAUGCUGCUUUCUCAUUCUCUGUUUGUCUGAGGAACAAAACUGCAUCAUUUCCUACAUUUGUAUUGAUUCACAAUAUUUUUCAGGCUAUUUAUCAUGGGCAAAAUGUGUUCCUGUCAGGUCAAAAGCAACAAAGAAAACAAUUACAGGUGCAGUGACAGUUAAUUUACUGAUAAUUGAUAACCAUAUCAUUUCACACAUGAUAAAUAUUCUUCUGUUGGUACAGGGAACAUAUAUGACCACGCCAUUAUGUAUUUAAAUUGAGUUAACUUGAAGGUGAUUUGUAUUUACACUUGUUUUUUAAAAAUAACUAAGUUUUAAUUAGUUGGUUAUGGUCUCUGUAAUAGGAAAAAUAAAUCUUUGGACACCUACAACAGCUGGAGGAAACAGAUUUAUCUCUUGACCAGUAUCUAAAAACAUUUCUUACUAACCAACAUUUUAGAUUUUUAAUUUGCAAUUAAUUCUUAUUCUCUUCUCUUGCAUGGUAUUAAGCAGCUGAGAGCAAUGCCUCAAAUAACCAGAAAUGACCUUUUGUUUGUUGAUACAAAUUGUAUCUCUUUUUCUUGAUUGUAUACAAACUGUUUAAAAAAAAACAAAAAACAACAAAAAAAAAAAACCUAACAACCCACAAACCUCUAGAUUAACUUCAGUAUUACAUGUUCACCACAAUGUUUGUGACACCAUGUGUCACAUGGAAGUAGCCCAUGAGUAAUUAUGAUUUUUUCUGUUAUUUAAAAUGGGCACUUAUAGUUCAUAGGCAAGCAAGACAACUUUUCAGAACCAGUUUAUUAUGUGCACAGAUACUACAUGUACACCUCAAAGCAUUACGUGAUUAUCUUUAGCCUACUAAGCAGAUUCAUCCUUGCACUAAACUUUACGUAAAAAUGUUGCUGUUAACUCAUCUGCAUGUGUUUAAAAUGUAACAAUAUAAUUACUGUAGACCCUGCUUUAUUCUUAACAGAUUAAUUUAUAAUUUAUUUAGGUUUAAAAUGAAGCUUAUUUUGCACUCACACAUUCCAUCUUGCAUGGAAUUAAAUAUUUGGACGUAGAAACGUGUUUGUCACCUUUUUCUCCCAUUAUAAAGAUAAGCUAUCUCAAGAGGGUUUGGUAGGUGUUUUUGGUAUUUUGAUGUGUGGAAUCCUGAGCAGAAGUUACUGUAUGAAGCUCUGUGUGAUUUAUGGAGAUACUCAUUUUUGUAGGACUUGUCUCGUUGUUUUAAUGUUCACAAACUUUUGUCUUACUGAUAAAAAAGGAAUUAUUCUAAAUGGAAAAGCUAUGGAACUGCAAACACAGAAUACCAUUUCUGUAAGGCACUUUGAAAGCUAAUUGUCUUUUUUUUUUAAAAAGACAUUUGCAUCCAUCCUAUGUGGAAUUACUGAACGGGCAGUGUAGCCUUGUGGAAAUACUUUGCAGAUGUUGUGCUUGUUUAGUCCACCUUAGAGGAAAUGAAACUUUUAUAUGUGAUGUAGUCUUUCCUAAUCCACUAGUUAAGUGACAACUCAGAUAUCCACAUCUGUUCUCAGAUAUGUUUACAUGCCAAUUCAAAACACUGACACGUGAAUUAAUCUUGAGCGCAUAAGCUUAGAUUUCUUCUUACAUGGAAGAGUUGAUCUUAUUAACACAUGAUCAUAACUGUCUAUAUUGUAAAUAUAAGAUUUUGUAUAAAUGCUCUUUCUGAGAGCAUGGUAUUUAAUGUUUUUAAAACUGUAAGUAAGCAGUUCUAGAAACUAUAUUUUAAUAAAAUCCAUAAGAUUCUAGCUGAGAAACUGCAAAAAGAAAAAAACAAAAGCGUUAAGAUGAAAUCUUGCAAGAAAAUGGUAGAUGUUAGCGGAGCCAGUCUUACUCUAGGCAUUCUGAAUGACUGAUCUUUAGUCUUCGGCUAUAUUACUUUCACAUAAUUUAUCACUUAAGAGUGCAUAAUGUUAAAUUCCUGAUUCAGAACUCAAACGCUUUAUUGGAAGUCAGCCUAAUUAAUUUUAUGUGUUUUUGUAAGAAUUACAUGUUAGUAAUAUAUUAAGUUGUACAUAUAGAACAUUUGACUACUGUUAGUCCCCGUUGUUGUCUUAUUGAGCUACAGUAGUGGGCUUUAUUCAUUUGUAGAAUUAAACAUUAUGGUUUAAUUGUUGUAAAAUUUUAUAAAUCUCUUUGGGUUAUUUUGGUUGACCCAAAUAUAAUGUAAGUCUCAAUGACAAAAUGAGUGAAAAAUGGAUGUUAAGCCAAUAUGUGGUAUUUAUAAAACACUGUAGUAAGUGUGCAAUGCUCUAGAUGCAGCUGCAUGGACAUCAUUCACUAGCAUGAGUCUGUUUAGCUUUUUGUAAAGAUGUUUUAAAUUUAAACUCUUAAAAAUAGGAAGUGGGCAUAUGGUUGCUUAGAACAAACAGAAGAAUCCUUAUUAAAAAAAAAAAACAACAAAAAACCAAAGUAUCUGUUUAGGUAGGUUCUCCACACAUAUCGUUAAUGCCAGUUUGCCUCAUACUCCAAAUUUUGGCAUUUUGGAAUUCUUACUGAUAAAGCCAGAACACGCAAAGAAUAAAUCUGACCCGAUGAGUCUGUUUAAAACUUACUUGAUCUGUGGCAUGCACAUGUACCUGUGACAUGCGCCAAACCACUGUCAGGAACAUUUCAGGGAACAUAUUUUGAGUACAGUCAUUUUAAAAAUUGCACGCUGAAAAGAAGGUACGAGCUUCAUUUCUGUACAACUUUGGCCCAUGGAAAUGCUACUUUUUCUUGACUUGCCAAAAGUUAACAUGAAACGUUAGUACCACAGGACUCCUAUUAGCCAGAUCAUGAGAUCUGUCGCUAUUAUUGCUGUGGGUAAGCGUUCAGCUUCAGUACCCCCUUUUAUGCACCCGGAUAGCAGGCUGUGUGACAGAGCAACAAUAAUGGUGUUUCUUGCAAUACUUAAACUGGAAAAAAAACAAGUUCGCUGUUAUUUAUAUUAUUCUCACGCCAGUGUUUGCUUAGCUGUUGAAGAUCCAUUAUAUGAUCUCUAUGAUUUUGGUCUUCGGUAUUUCAAAGUUUGUAAACAUAUUAAAAUUAUUGAGAGGAACCCAAAAUUAUUAUAGUCUAUUACUUGUAGCCUCCCUGCUCUGUGUAAAAGGUUUGCACAACUAUUUAAUACACAUGAAAUGUUAUACUUUAUAUCUAUUUAUCUAUCUAUCUGAAACCUGCUUAUUUAAUAAAACUGAGAGCCACUGGA